AUAGUCUGUGUGCCGCGUCGCUGCCCGUGUGCAUGUUUUUUCCCGUUGCCUCUUUUCUCGCGUGAAAAACAGAGUCUGCACUUCAGAAUCUCUGCGUGGCCAGAAAGUCGAAUUCGCCCACUACACCCGUGAUAUCCCGCACAAUUAUUGACGCCCAAGCACCAAUGCCCUGCGCGCGCCCUGCCGCCUAAUGUGCCAAUCAAGUCUCAACAGAAUGCAGCGGGACAAUUAGCAAUGACGCGCAGUGAUUCCACCGAGGCUCAACAGGCUGCACACCAGCAGGCUGAUCAACGAGGGCGGGCGGACAGGCGACGAGGCGAGGGCGAAUUCGCGGCGGCCGUUGUGAGAUGUGAUGCGAAUAAUCCCGGCGUCCAAUCACGCGGCGGCACAGCCCUGCAAUGCUCCCAACACCAACAAACGAGCAAGCGCAGGCAGCAAAAACCAAAAGGAGUCACACAGGCGGCUGGAGAAGGAGGGAGACGAGCAGAGACAAUGCCAGCGGGAGAGACCAAUUCCCCAAGUGCCGCACCAGGGUUGUCUUGCCCUCUGCAGAGCGGUCAACCGACACGCCUUACAUUGGACAGACGUGCAGACGUGUGCAGCCAUGCACCAAAUCGUGAAUCACAGAGACCUUUUGCCCUCCGCUGGCGCAGCAUGAACAAGCGGUGUGUGUCGCACAAAAGCCCACGCAUGGCAGGCCAACACCUGUUCAAGCUGACAGCAUCGUCGGCGCCGACGUGCCCUUUGCAGCACAAUCUCCAUACAUUCAACACGUCUCCAACCCCAUUCCCAGCACUUUUGACGAGCCAGGACUUUGCCUCUGCGCCCCUCCAUUGGGCCCGCAUUCAGUAGACCCGGCGCACCCGCGAGCUAAACCCUUCUCCAACCGACAAUCUGCACCUCGCGGUACGCAGGCGCAUAGAGCCCCCGUUAGCUUCAUCCCGUCGUACAGACAACGUUCCUGUCACGAUAGCAUGCACGGCCACCUGCCAAGGCCUGCGUGGCCGAGCGAGAGCAGACCCAAGUUUCAUACACCCAAGUCGGUCGUGAGUUGACAGGGACGUCUUGAACUCGCUCUGUAGAACAGCCUGACCCCAAUCCACCACCACCCUUCACAAGCCUCACUACACAGCGCUUCCCACACUCACAUUGCCAAUGUCAUCUUGCGAACGAACAAUCUGAAC